CCUGAAGGCUGUGCCAAAAUAGCUUGGCUUUGGGAAAGGAAGGGAAGCUAUUUUCCCCUUCUUUCCUGAACCCGGCGAUGAGCUCCGGCGACCGGCUCUGGCUUCCCGCGGUGAAGUUUACCGGCCCCGCUGGCCCUCAAGCCCUGACUGUCCGACUCGAGUCCGACGGCUGGAGCUCCGAGAGCUGACAUUGCGUCCCAGGUCUUGCGACUGGUCAAUGGGAAGAUCCAAGGGUGGCGCGACGUCGAGAUACCGGUUUCCAGCAUCCGAUGAGGCCGGUGGCGACCACAUCGAAUGCUCCGGUCGCUCGUGCCGGUCAUGCAUCGCGGUCCUUCUCGCCGACUGCAUCGCGUUGGGCUGCUGCCCGUGUGCGGUGGUGAGCUUGUUAGCCUUGGCCUUGUUCAAGGUCCCUUGGGUGGUGGGGAGGAGGUGCUUGAGAUCAUUGAAGAAAAGGAGGGGGUUGAUGAAAAAAAGGGUGAGAGAUGAGGGAGAGGGAGAGCAUGGUGGAGAGAUGGGAAGAAAGAGGAUCGAGAUGGAUAUUAUGGGGAUGGGGUUGGGAGACGAUAGGAAUAUGGGAAGUUCGGAUUUUGGGUUUGGGGAUGAGAGGGUGUGGGAGGAGUUGUAUGAGGUUGGGCAUUGGGGGUUUGGGAGGGUGUCCUUCUCGGGAUUGCCAGGGGAGGGACCUUUAGGGAAGGGAGAUGGGAUAUGCUGCUCAAAAUGCCCCUGCCAUUUUAGGUGUAGCUGACACUUGGAAGAUGAUGAUGGUGGUGGUGAUGAGUUUGGAAAGUGUCGCUAACAAGGGAGGGGCGCGUGAAUGGCGUGGUGGUGUGGGUUUUUUGCUGCUGCUUUUUAUGCGAAGUCAUGAAACUUGUUAAGAGGGAGUUGAAAGAUGCCUCACAUCACAUGGGUCUUGAUCCUUUUGCUUCUAAUUCAGAAACUUCUGCGACUUGUCUAUUAUUUUUUUUUUCAAAUGUAUUCAAUGGAGCUGGAUGUUCUUCACUGUAGAUUGUGACAAUGGUUCUGCUUGAUUCUUGUCUUUUCAUGCUCUUGGUUGUGUA